AUGGCUACGUCAAGUGGAAAAUUGUUGAAACUACCCAGUUUUCUUGCCCCGGAGUUUGAAGAGCAAGAAGACGAGGAAAGCAACAUCGAGAACAUGGACACCACCAAACCAUCAGAGAUCCAGUGUUCACCGGAUCGUUAUAUUAAAUCAAAUAAGCUCCAUUCAGCCGCCGAGCAUGCACUCUUCAUCGCCUGGAAGGAGUCGGAUGAGAAGAGAAAGCAGCUAGAGAAGAGCAACGUAGAACUUCAGCGGAGAAUUGAAGACUUAGAAUUGCGAUUUCAAAAAAUAGAACAGAACAUUCAACAACCAUGCAGUCCAGCAGUUGCUGAAAACUACUCAACUAAUGAGGAGGAGUUGGCAAAAGAGACUGAGUGGAUCAGGGCCCGUAACAAACGUACUACAAAGAAGAGGAAACUAAAUAGUACUUUGUCUCCUGAACCAAAGAAUGAGCCUACUGGUAACCAUCGUCAGUUGAACAAAAUCACCUCAUUGCAGAAGAAUAAAGGUGAGGAAAUAAAGAACAAGAAGAAAGAAACGCCACCGCCACCAAUCAUAGUGGAUGGUAUAAAGAGCCUGGAGUCUCUUCAUAAAAGUUUGAAAAAAGUGACUUCAGAUGAAAAAUUUAGAAUAAAGCUCUUGAGUAGAGAGACUUUCAAAGUAAAUUCAGUAGAUUCAGAAACGUACAGAAAUAUUACAAAAGAAUUAAUCAACGAUGGUUUCAACUGGCACUCGUAUGAAAACAAACAGGUGAGACCCAUAAGAGUGAUGAUAAAAAAACUUCAUCACUCCUGUAGUAUAGAAUCCAUAAUGGAGGACUUAAAGGCUAAGGGAUUGCUAGUGGUAGAUGUAGUGAAUAAGUUGAAGUGGAAAACUAAAGAACCAUUAGACAUGUUCAUGGUUUCGUUCAGCGCAGAAGAGAAUGUUAAGAAGGUUUUUGAACUUAAACAUAUUCUGGGUUGCAGAGUAGAAGUUGAAGCAUUGAAGAAAGUUAAUCAAAUACCUCAAUGUAAGCGUUGCCAGGCUUUCAACCACACUCAGGCUUAUUGCAACAAGGAGGCCAGAUGUGUGAAGUGCGCUGGAAAACAUGCAUCAAAGGAGUGUACGAAACCUAGUGAAGCACUACCGAAAUGCAUUCAUUGUGGUGAAGCUCAUCCUGCAAGCUACCGUGGUUGCUCUGUAGCAAUUGAGUUACAAAAAAUACGUAACUCGAGUAGGGUAGCCAGUAAGAAUAUAACAUCAAAAAAUGUUGUCGAUUCUCAGGCUCGGAAUGUGGCUAAUUCUCAAAGACAAGGCAACACUGAUUACUCACUAUGGAAGGCUUCUAAGAAAAUAAAAACACCCAUCCAACAAGUUCCCCCUAUUAGGAAACUGAAUAGACAAUGGGCCAAGAAUAAUGAAGAAAAGGCACAGGCAUUUGCUGAUCAUCUUGUGAAUGUCUUCCAGCCAAACGUUGCAGCUCAAGAAGAUCUAGAAAUUGAAGAUCUGCGUCAUCGGCGGUUCAGAAUCAAGGAGGCGGUGAAGAAGCCAGCGAAGGAGGAGGAGAAGACACCAACGGAAAGAAAAAGAUGA